AUGCCAAUCUGUGAUGGCUGCAGUUCCACUUUCACGGAGAGUGGUUACUCUCGUCAUCUCGCACACACUAGAAAUCCAGCCUGUGUCAGUAUCUAUGAUGAUAUGUACAACUACAUGCCUAGUCACUCACAAGAGAUAUUUGAGGACUUCGACAGUGAUCACCUCCCUGGCAACUCUAGUCUUCAAUUGCCAGAAGACAAGGACCCAGAAGAUCAAUUGAAAUGGAAUGUGGAUGAGGACGAGGACGACUUGGAGGAAGUUGAUAAUGACGGUUGGGUGGCUGAGCAGGAAGCUGAUUGGGAACCUCCUAUUCAAGGUGCCGAAGAACCGGCUGGCAUCAAUGACGAGAAUAUUCCCAUGGACAAAGAAGACACAGUGGUUGACCUGGAUCAACACAUGCAUACACGUCAUUAUGAGGCAGAGCUCCCCUUGCACCAGGGUCCAUACAUUACCAAGUUUCCAAUCCAGAGUGCCAGAGCAAUUAUUGACGAUGAGUUCAUGCAAGCCAAACAUGGGUAUCAGUCUUACUGUGAUAAACUUCAUGGGAACAAUUGGGCACCCUUCACCUCACACAUCAAUUAUGAGGUUGCUCGAUGGGCGAAGCUGCGUGGCCAAGGCUCCACAGCGUUUUCAGAUCUGCUUGACAUCGAGGGUGUCUAUGAAAAGCUUGACCUUUCUUACCGGAAUUCCCGCGAACUCAACAAGAUCAUUGACACCAAAAUUCCAGCUCAUUGUCCUCGUUUUCAGCGACAGGAAAUCUUGAUGGCAGGAGAGGCAUUUGAUGUCUAUUUUUGGGACAUCAUUGAGUGUGUGAAGGCAUUGUUUGGAGACCCUGAACUCACUCCUUACCUCGUGUUUGCACCCGAACGACACUAUUCAGAUGAGGACAAGACUCAGUGCCUCUACCAUGAGAUGCAUACAGGGCAGUGGUGGUGGCACACUCAGAAACAACUGGAGAAAGAAAAACCAGGCGCAACAAUCAUUCCUGUUCUGCUCUCGUCUGACAAAACCCAGGCCACGUACCCGAUUUACAUGACUAUUGAAAACCUACCCAAGGAAAUUUGGCAACAACCGUCUCACAAUGCGCAGAUACUUGUCGGUUAUCUUCCAACAACCAAGCUCGAACACAUCACCAACAAAGCUGCAAGUGGUGAUGGGACUGUUCGUCGUGGUCAUCCUCUCGUUGCAUGUUAUAUUGGAGAUUACCCAGAGCAACUCUUGGUGACUGGAAUGAAGACUGGAGAGUAUUCGAAAUGUGACAUACCUUCAACUGAGCUCGGUAGCAAAGACCUUCCAUUUGAGCUGCGGAAUUUGGAUGAAAUCUUGGAUGCACUGGCAUUAGCUGAUGAAGAUCCGACUCAGUUUGUGAAGGCUUGUCGUGAUGCCGUACGGGGCAUCCUUGACUUUUUGUAUCUUGCACAGUACCCAUGUCACUCUGAUUUAAUGUUGAUGCUACUCAGCAAGGCACUCAAUUGA